GACCGAGCAAAAGAGAUUUUGAGAGUGGUGGGUGCUGUUGGACAAUAGAGAUCUACUGAUUUCAUCCUCUCUCAUCGGCCGAUCUUCGGUAACCACACAGCUUUUCCUUUUUUUGUUUGAAUAUCUCAUCUCAGAUCUAUCUCUUUACCCAACUGAAACUCUCCUAAUUGAAGAUUAACGGAGAUGGGUCUGUCUUUCACUAAACUCUUUAGUCGCCUCUUUGCAAAGAAAGAAAUGCGAAUUCUUAUGGUUGGUCUCGAUGCUGCUGGUAAAACCACAAUUCUGUACAAGCUCAAGUUGGGAGAAAUUGUUACCACUAUCCCAACCAUUGGCUUCAAUGUGGAGACUGUUGAAUACAAAAACAUCAGCUUUACUGUGUGGGAUGUUGGUGGUCAGGACAAGAUUAGACCUCUAUGGAGGCACUAUUUCCAGAACACACAGGGCCUCAUCUUUGUGGUUGAUAGCAAUGACAGAGACCGUGUAGUUGAGGCAAGGGAUGAGCUUCACAGGAUGUUAAAUGAGGAUGAAUUAAGAGAAGCUGUGUUGCUUGUUUUUGCGAACAAGCAAGAUCUUCCAAAUGCAAUGAAUGCGGCUGAAAUCACCGACAAGCUUGGCCUUCAUUCUCUCAGACAACGACACUGGUAUAUCCAGAGUACAUGUGCUACUUCUGGAGAAGGGCUAUAUGAGGGACUGGAUUGGCUUUCAAACAACAUCGCCAGCAAGGCCUAAUGCAAUGAUGUGGUACUAUGCUUCUUGUGUUGCUAUAUCCGGAGAAAUAAACAUCAUUGUCUCGAGAUUUUAAAUAUCUGUUCAGCUCACAAUUCUGGGGAAGGUCUUGCCCUUCUUCACUCUCUAUGGUUUAUCGUCAAAGACCAUGAUAGUUUCCACAUUGCUGGAUGCACAUUGGCAAUGUAAUGAUAUUUUAGUAUAUAUCUGGUUUUGAAACUUGGCGCAGCCGUGUGCACCAUUUUGUUGUCCUGUGUGUCUGAUGUUGCAAUGGGUGUACAAAAUGUAAUACAGAUCAAUAGUAAGUAUCGGAAUUUUGCGAGUAGUAAGAAUAUCACUUGAGUUGCUGUU